AACUUCCGGCAGCGACCCAUUAGCUCGUCGGCGAUUGGUCCGUUUCCCCGGCGUGUUGCGUGACGUCACCUCCCGGCUCCUGGGGUCGCACGUGUGGGGAAGCCUGAAGACGCGGCUGAGCGGGGUCUUGGGCUCCCUCCGGACUUUUAGCUUGUAGUAGCUGCUCCUUUGGGGGCUGAGUGCCGCGCUGCUGCAGCAUGCCUCACAGGAAGAAAAAGCCUUUUAUAGAGAAGAAGAAAGCUGUGUCUUUUCACUUGGUCCACCGGAGCCAACGAGAUCCUUUAGCAGCAGAUGAGACUGCACCCCAGAGGGUUCUUUUGCCCACACAGAAAAUAAACGAUGAAGAAAGGCGAGCAGAGCAGAGGAAGUAUGGUGUGUUCUUUGAUGAUGACUAUGACUACCUGCAGCAUCUGAAGGAGCCAUCCGGGCCUUCAGAGCUUAUUCCUUCAAGCCCCUUCAGUGCACACAGCAGGAGAGAUGAGAAAGAAGAAACUUUAGUAAUUCCAAGCACUGGAAUUAAAUUACCUUCAUCAGUGUUUGCAUCAGAGUUUGAGGAAGAUGUUGGAUUAUUAAAUAAAGCAGCUCCCGUCUCAGGACCUCGAUUGGAUUUUGAUCCUGACAUUGUUGCAGCUCUUGAUGAUGACUUUGACUUUGAUGAUCCAGAUAAUCUGCUUGAAGAUGACUUUAUUCUUCAAGCCAAUAAGCCAGCAGCAGAGGAGGAGGGAGUGGACGUGCAGAAAUCUGAGGAUGAAGAUGAAUGGGAAGAUGUGGACGAUGAGAAAGGGAGAGGUAGCAGUGAUGAUGACUGUGACUCUGUGGGGCCAUUGUCAGAGGAGGACGUCCCCGGAAAACCUCGUGGAACUCUAGAAAAUCAUUUGUUCUGGGAAGAGGAAACGAAAAGUCGCUUCACAGAGUAUUCUAUGACUUCCUCAAUCAUGAGGAGAAAUGAGCAGCUGACCCUGCAUGAUGAGAGGUUUGAGAAGUUUUAUGAGCAAUAUGAUGAUGAUGAAAUUGGAGCUCUGGAUAAUGCUGAAUUGGAAGGUUCCAUUCAAAUAGACAGCAAUCGGUUGCAAGAAGUUUUGAAUGACUACUACAAAGAGAAGGCAGAGAAUUGUGUAAAAUUGGAUACUCUUGAACCCCUGGAGGAUCAAGACCUACCAAUAAAUGAGCUUGAUGAGUCUGAGGGAGAAGAAAUUAUUACUGUAGUUCUCGAGGAAGCCAAAGAAAAGUGGGAUUGUGAAUCCAUUUGCAGCACAUACUCCAAUUUAUACAACCAUCCACAGCUUAUCAAAUAUCAACCAAAGCCCAAACAAAUUCAGAUAUCUUCUAAAACAGGAAUACCACUCAAUGUCUUACCCCCAAAAGGACUCACAGCAAAGCAAGCUGAGCGAAUGCAGAUGAUUAAUGGCAGUGAUCUGCCUAAGGUGUCAACCCAACCACGUUCUAAAAACGAAAGCAAAGAGGAUAAAAGAGCAAGAAAGCAAGCGAUAAAAGAAGAGCGCAAGGAGCGAAGAGUGGAGAAGAAAGCUAAUAAACUGGCAUUUAAACUGGAGAAAAGACGGCAGGAAAAGGAGCUGCUGAACUUGAAGAAGAAUGUUGAGGGUCUGAAGCUAUAGAUGGUGGAAUCUGUAGGAUAAUGUAUUUCCUAUUAAGAGCUCACCAUUAUGUUCAAUAACCAACUUAGAUGUCCGGAAAUAUAAAACUAUGUGUUCUGCCUUUUUACUGGCAGAUGCCGAAGAGAAAAAUACAAUAUUUGUAUUAUUUUUCUACCAGUAAGUUUCUCCUACCAUCUGUCUUGUAAAUAUUGUAAUAUUUUUAAGUUUAAUAUUAUAAGCAUAGAUUUGCUCUGAGAUAAAUGACUUCAUAAAUGUGAAAUGUUUGGAUAAAUUCAAGGAAAAUAUCUUCAUAA